AUGGAAACAUACAUGAAACAAGCGGUGGUGAACCGCAAGCCUGUACCUGAUAUCGAUUUCACGCUACAUACCAUGGAGGAUGGCUCUCAAGUGAGCACGCAGGAAAGAGUCUGCAAAGAUGUUCAGGCUCCUGCUAUGAGAGUACCUACCGACGACGAGUUCUAUUCCUCUGCCGAUCGCAAAAAGCCAAACCUAGCGUUUUUGAAGCAGCACUUCAUUCGAGAAGGAAGGCUGACCGAAGAGCAAGCGCUAUUUAUCAUAAACGAAGGUGCAAAACUGCUAAAAGCAGAGCCCAAUCUGCUAGAGAUGGAUGCGCCCAUUACGGUCUGUGGCGAUGUACAUGGUCAAUAUUUCGAUCUGAUGAAGUUGUUCGAGGUUGGUGGUGAUCCAGCAGAGACCAGAUACCUGUUUUUGGGCGACUACGUGGAUCGAGGCUAUUUCAGUAUCGAAUGUGUGCUAUACCUGUGGUCCCUUAAGAUCUGGUACCCCAAUACCCUCUGGCUACUGAGAGGUAACCACGAAUGCCGGCAUUUGACCGAUUACUUCACCUUCAAGCUCGAAUGCAAGCACAAAUACUCGGAAAAAGUUUACGAUGCAUGCAUGGACUCCUUCUGCGCAUUGCCACUGGCGGCUGUCAUGAACAAGCAGUUCCUUUGUAUACACGGCGGCCUCAGUCCUGAAUUACACACGCUCGAUGAUAUCAAGAACAUUGAUCGGUUCCGUGAGCCACCCACCCAUGGUCUUAUGUGCGACAUUCUCUGGGCAGAUCCACUGGAAGAGUUUGGUCAAGAAAAGACAGGAGAGUUCUUCGUCCACAACCACGUACGUGGCUGUUCGUACUUCUUCUCAUAUCCAGCUGCUUGCAAUUUCCUAGAGAAGAACAAUCUGCUCUCGGUCAUUCGCGCCCACGAAGCGCAAGAUGCUGGCUACAGAAUGUAUCGUAAAACCCGAACUACUGGCUUCCCAAGUGUAAUGACGAUAUUCUCGGCGCCCAACUAUCUGGACGUCUACAACAACAAGGCAGCUGUGCUAAAGUACGAGAACAACGUGAUGAACAUCAGACAAUUCAACUGCACACCACAUCCGUAUUGGCUACCGAAUUUCAUGGACGUAUUUACCUGGUCGCUACCAUUUGUUGGAGAGAAGAUCACAGACAUGCUUAUCGCGAUUUUGAAUACAUGCUCCAAGGAAGAGUUGGAGGACGAGACACCUCUAUCCGGUCCAGCCUCGCCUGCGCUUUCAGACGCCGAGUCAACGGAGGCUAAGCGUCGUGCAAUUAAGAACAAAAUUCUGGCCAUAGGUCGGCUCUCUCGUGUUUUCCAGGUUCUGCGAGAAGAGUCGGAGCGUGUCACUGAGCUCAAAACAGCGUCUGGUGGUCGGUUACCUGCUGGCACUCUUAUGCUGGGUGCUGAGGGCAUCAAGCAGGCCAUUCACAAUUUUGAAGAUGCACGAAAGGUCGACUUACAAAAUGAACAUUUACCUCCCAGUCAUGAGGAGAUCGAGAAGAAGAGUGCGGAGGAUCGAAAGAAGGCUUUGGAGAGGGCUGCGCGAGAGGCUGAUAAUGACCAAGUCUUGCAAGGCGUGGCGAGACGGAUUAGUUUGUGA